AUGCCGUGCGGGCCCACGUUUGGGUCUCGCUGCCCCGGCCGUGGUGCAGAGGGCAAGGAGACCUCGAUGCUCACGCAGUUCAUGCCAGCGGUGUCCUGGUUCGGCUCGGCCAGGCUCUGCCGGGCUGCCAGCUGUGCCGUGCCGUGGCACCCACCGCCCCGCUCCGGCAUGUGGCUGCUCCUCAUCCUGCUGCAGGCUGCGGUCCUGCCUGCCCAGCUCUGUGAAGCCCCAGGGGAGGCAGCGGCGGCGGUGCGGGCGCUGAGCGCCCGGCUGCUGGGGCUGGCGGUGGAUCCGGCGCGGGACCCCGACCCCAGCGUCUACCUGGCCCUUCGCCUGGCCGGCGACCACGACCUACGCGGGGAGAAGCGGUACCUGGCGCGGCUGCAGGAUGCCUUCCAGCACCGCUACGGCCGGAGCCUGCAGGCAGCUCUUCGGCCCCACGCUGCACCCCACAGCCACCCCCAGCAGGAUGCUGUGGCCACUGAGCACACCACGAGGGCUGAGGCGGAGUGGCCGGAGACGGGGCGGCUGGCGCUGUACCUGCUGGGGCUACGGGCCACUUGUCCCCCACUGGAGCCCGGUCCCCAGCGCUCACUGGUGACAUGGCUGAAGUACUACCUGGAGGAGGACUGGGCAGGAUCCCGGCAGCACGGCCACCCCCUCACCAGUUACUACCAGUACAGCCUGGGCGUUCUGGCACUGUGCGUCCACCACAAACGGGUGCGGGAGGAGGUGAUCCGACGGCUGCUGGCAGCCGAGCACCACGGCAGGUUUGGGCACGCCGGCGGCAGCGCCGUCUUCAUCGCCAUGGAUGCGUGCCGGAUGCAGCCGGCGUACAGCCGGGCCAUGGCUGCGCUGCUGGAGAACCUGGACGCCUUCACCACUGCCGCAACCACGGCCCAGGUGCUGCCGGUGCUGCAUGGCCGCUCUUACCUGGACAUCGCCUCCAUGCGCUGCCAGGAGGAGCCGGACACGCUGACGCCCCUCGGCCCCGAGCUGCCGCCCGAGAUGCCGGGGAACGUGACGGUGCGGCUGGUGGUGGAGUGCCCCGAGCCGCGGUGUCCCCAGCACCGACUCUACGACCGGCCGGUGCCUGCACCCGCUGGUGCCUCCCUCCUGGACGUGCUCAGGGCAGCCGCCGUGCGGGGACCCCACAACUUCACGUUUGACACCCAGGACACCCCCCAGGGCCCCUUUCUGAGCAGGGUGCUGGGGCUGGAGGCUCGGCAGCAGAAGCGGAGCUACUGGCAGCUCCUCACUGCCCCCAGCACCAGCCUGCAGAUGGGCAUCGCCGACUACAGACCUCACGACGGGGAGACCCUCAUCCUGCGCCUGAGCGAGUGGUAG